AGAACACAUCACUCUCGUCCCGUGCCCAGGCCAGCGACGGCGGCUGCCCUACGCCGCCGCCUUCCGCUCCGACUGCCGUUGCGCCUCCAUCUUCUCUCUUCCCGCCGUCAGCAGCAGCGUGUCGCCGCCGACUGUGCCGGCGCCCGAGCCGGUGGAGCUCCGAUAUGCCAUUUCCAGGAGCCGAGGCGAGGUGGUGAUCGUGGUACGGAUCUUGGCUUCGGGCAUCCUAGCUAGCGCCAGGAGAGAAGAAAACGCCAGCCCAGCCCGGAUGAGCCGCCGACUUUCCACGCCGGCCCCGCUGGACGACGACGACCUCCUCGGGGAGAUCCUGCUCCGCCUCCCUCCGCAGCCUUCCUCUCUCCCGCGCGCGUCCCUCGUCUGCGCGCGAUGGCGCAGCGUCCUCUCUGACCCUCAGUUCCACGGCCGCUUCCGCAAGCGCCACGGGAAGCCUCCGCUGCUGGGCUUCUUCACGGGAGACGUUGGCAGAAGACAUGUCUUCACCCCUGUCCUGGACUCGCCCGAUCGCAUCCCCGCCGCCCGAUUCUCCGUGCCGUGGAGCCGCAAAGGUUACGACUGCUGGGACUUCCGCGGCUGCCGCCACGGCCUCGCCGUCCUCGUCAAUGACCGCGGGCGCGGGGUUGUCGUGUGGGACCCAGUCACCGGCCAGCACCGCCGCCACCGCGUGCCUUUCUCGCCGAACCCCCGCUACGGCAGCAUAUGGCAGUCUUCCUGGCACUGGCACCCCGCGGUGAUGUGCACAAACGCGGAGCAUGGGCAUGCGCAUGGUGAUUGCUUCUCGAGCCCUUUUAAGUUGGUUUUGAUGUGUAAGGGACCAACACACGCAUUUGCUUGCGUCUACAAUUCGGUGUCUGGUGUGUGGGGAAAUAUUAUCUCGACGGCGACUACCAGUAGUAGUAUCUUGUCAAGGCCUGGCAUCCUCGUCGGGAAUGCACUUCACUGGUUGUUUCGUGCAGGUGGUGGUGUCCUUGUGUUUGAUACUGAAAAGCAGAGCCUUGGUGUGAUCGAUAAGCCGGCGGACAUCAAUGUUACCGACUGCUGGUCCUGUCAGCUCUUACGGACAGGUGAUGAUGGUAACCUUGGCCUCGCUGUUCUGUCAAAAGACUCGAAACCGAGCAUCCAAUUAUGGAAAAGGCAAUCACAGUCUAGUGGUGUUGUCAAAUGGGUGCUUCUUCAGAAAACUAUUCAAUUGGAAGGGCUCUUUGAAUCGAGAAUGUUUAGCGCCUCCAGAAACGCGUUGAUGGUGGGGUAUGACGAGGACUCAAAUGAGAUUGUUCUGAGUACAUAUGUUGGUGUGUUCAUCCUCCAAAUCGAGUCGAAGCUCUUCAGAACUGUCAGUAAAAGACUCCCCUUGGAUGACAAGAUGUUUUAUCCCUACAAAAAUUUCUAUACUGCAGGCAGAGAAGUUGGGUGGAAAUGGGUCAAUCCGGAAUUGUGAACAAUGAUUGCUAAUGUGCCAUGUUGGUUGAAUAAGGUUUCUAGAGUUGCAUCCGGUCUGCUGCAAGUCUGAGUCACACAUCUGGCUGUUCGGUGUAGGCUGUUCCAUUUUAUACGCUGUGUGACAUGUGAUACGGUCGACGCUGAAAUUGUACUCCUCUAUGCACUAUGCAGUAUAUGUAGGUUCAUUAGUGAACUUGCUUCAGUUAAUAGUUGGCUCUGCGAUGUGAGGUGCUAAACACAUUCUCUUCGUGAAGUCCCUGUCUAGUUGAUAUUUUGCCUAGGUUUUCAUGAGCAUGCUACUUGAUAAGGUUACUUUGUUUUUUUCUAAGUGCAAGACAAAUCUUGUGCAAUGCUUUACUUGAAGAAACAAC